UGUCUUUUAUACCCUCUCUAACAUACGGCAUGUAAACAAAAGUGCAAAGGGUACAUUUUACCCACCACACACCAGGAACUUGGUUGAACCAUUUACCGCAGCUUGCUUCGUGUGGGUAGCGCUAGCUAGCUAAAUGUAGAAUUGCGGCUGGGCCGAUAUCGAACCGCGGCAUCGCUUGCGUGCUGCGGCCGACGAAGGCGCUCAAUGCUCGGAUUUUAGGCAAGCUAAUCAACCUCUUCUGUAGAGGAUCCCCAGCGAAGCGAGCAUGCAUGAAAAUCCUAAGACUGUUUCAUAAAAAGGUGACUACAAUGGCAGGCAGACAAUUGUGCCAGUGCAUCCAGUUCUGAGGUUAAAGAUGCUAGCAGCGAUUACAGUGUAAGUCAACAUCGGUUAUCUGCUCGAUGCAAGGGUUACAACAAUAACAACGCCGCUUCUCUUUUGUGUUGCAGCAAAAUACACACAUGUUAGUCACAUGCCUGUCCGCAGUAACGAAACGACAACUCAAUCCUAAAUGGUGACAAAAGGAGAAUCUUGUUUUGUUUCUGUCCUUCCUGCCCUACACGCAGCACACCAGCGCCCCCUGUGGACACAGAGGGUGGAGGCAGCGCGGUUUCCCCGUGGGUCAACGCGCACGGAUCAUCGAGCAUGGUGCCCAUCUUCGCCUUUAUUUGUGGAUGUCACUUCUUCUUCGGGGCAAGAAGAUCUCCUCCAAGUGUGCAGCCAGGAAGUGAAGCGAGCUGCGUCAGUAGUUGAGGAAUCCGGAGGACAACUCCAGCGCGAGACUCUUUUUUGACCAAACAUGGCCCGAUGGGGCGUGCAUGGGGGCUCCUGUGGGCGUGCAUGUGCAGCCUUUGAGGAAAUUACUACAUCAAGCGAUAACAAUUCGGAGCCCGUAGAUCGUGUCCUUGUCUCUGGUACCUACACAAGUCAAGCUUCACCCCUGUGACGUCUUAGCAUGCCUUUGAUUGUGUUUGCCACUUCUCAGCUGCUGUAUGUGCGAGUCGUCGCCCUGCUGUUCAGCUGUGUGGCGUUCAGCGUCGCUGCCCAUGGUGCCUCGCUUCCUCAAGGCGGCAUGGCCGCUUGGUGCAUCUUCUGUUGGGCCUUCAGCUUUGCCGCCACUGCUGUGGUUCUGCUGGUGGAGCUGUUGGGCCUGCAGGGACGCGUCCCUGUGUCCUGGUCCAACUUCCCUAUAACCAUGGCAUGCUACGCCGUCCUCCUCUGCCUCUCGGCUUCUGUCAUCUUCCCGCUCUACUUCCUGAGGGAGCGCAGCAACUACAACGAGAUACGUGACCACCGCAUCGCCUCCACUGUCUUCUCCUGCCUGGCGACGGUAGCUUACAUGGGCGAGGUGAGCCUGACGAAAGCACGACCCGGCGAGGUGACAGGUUUCAUGGCGACGUCGCCGGGCUUGUUGAAAGUAUGCCAGACAUUUGUAGCGUGCAUCAUCUUCAUCCUGGUCAGCGAUCCUGUGGCGUACGAGCGGCACGCGGCGCUCCAGUGGUGCAUGGCGGUAUACUGCAUGUGCUUCAUCUUCUCCAUGGUCGUGGUGCUGAUGUGUGUGGCCGAGUGCACAGGUUGGCUACCAGUUCCCUUCUCCCGUUUCCUGUCGGCGUGCAGCCUCUUGGCGGCCGUCAUGUACCUGACAGCCACUAUCAUCUGGCCCGUCUUCCAGUUUGGCGAGCGCUACCGGGUCCGAAGGGAUGCAGAGUCAAACUUGAUUGGUGUGGCUGUCCUCACUGCCCUCAACUUACUGCUUUACCUCGCCGACCUGGCAUACACAGCUAGACUGCAGUUCGUCAGCGGCUAAUGGGUCAUGUGACCUUCACCGAUGUUCUUUAUUUUUAUUUUUUUACAUUGUCUGAGCAUGUAAGCAAAGCACAUGACCUAUGACACAAAGUUGCGACUUUGAGUCACUAAUAAAAUCAAAACAG